UUUUUGGACUGCCAUGGCGUCUGUUCCUUCCAUUUGUAGGACGGGGGGGUCGGGCUGGGCUCAACAUGAACCUGCGCUCUAACAAUCCGGCUGGGAAAAGCAGGCAGCAGCCGGCCGGCCGCCCCCCGAGCAGCAGUAGCACAGGGGAACCUGCCUGGAGCGCUUUGAAACACCAGCAAGAAGUUUUUACCUGGGUGCCAAAGCGCUCAUGGCUGUCGCUUACGGGGCUGUCAGCAACCCGGGUCUGCUUUACCAGCAGUACCCUCCGCCCCUGCUUCCCAAACCUGGAAAGGACAACGUUAGGCUUCAGAAACUCCUCAAGAGAUCCGCCAAGAAGAAGGCCUCCGCUCAGGCAUCGCAGCCCGCCACGCUUUUCCGCUCCAACCUCUCCCCCGUGAACGAAGCAAGUCCCGACCUCGAGCACAGUGACCACUCAACGCCUCCCAAGACUCCAGAGACACCGUUCAGUCUUUUCAACGUCCAGGAGCCUCCGAGGUUCACCGUCAGACCGCUUUAUCGACAUGUGGCGUCGCCUUACCCACAUCGAGCGGCAUACGGGAGACCGGGAAGAUUCUCCCCUCAGACGGUGGCGAGCCCAUUGUACUCUUACCCGCAGAAUACUACCAUCGUUUCUUCAUAUUCUGCGUCCACCAACGUGUCUGAAGUCUCCACAGCUACGUGGCAAGUCGCUGAGCCUGCGGUGCCAACAAUAUCUUUACUGCCAGCCUCCUUUACACCUGAGGCAACAGUACCAGCUGCUGAAAUAAGAAAGCCGGCUUUUAGCACAUUUGCUGACAAUAAUGCCGGUCUUAGACCUUUCGCAACUGGAGGGAUGCGACAAGCAAAAAGUCCAACUCCUUAUCAAGCAAUGGGGGGUCAAGCUCUGAUUCGUCCGCUCACUGUUUUGAUCCCGAUGGCCAAAUGCAGGAGUCCACGUCCAACAUUCAAAGCGACCGAGCCUUCAAGAUCGCCCAAACCAAUGUUUGAUGUUCCCAAAAUUAGGAUGUAUACGGCGAGCACAUCCUACUACGAGUCAACCAGGACCACACCGGUGUACGACACAGCUGCUUUAACCGCCAUUGGCAGCACAGCAUCUCAAAGUAAAGCACCGGCAGAAACCAUGCAAGAUUUGACUCCCGUAUCUGAGGUCAGAAGAGGGACAACUCCGACGGCUCUGCCUCCUUUACUGGGCCCAGAUCCCCAGAGGAAAACACCAACUUCAGAAAUUAAAACGGGCACCACACCAACAACGGAGAUAAAUACUAUAAUAACACCUACGGUUGAAAUCCUAAGAGCAACCCCAACUUCUGAAAUCAGAGUUAAAACACCAACAGGACGGCCUCGAACCCCGGCAUACAACAAGAAUCGGGCUGGAACGCCGGUCUUUGAAGUCUCAAGACCGAAUCCUCUCUUGUUCGCCAUAUCGCCAAUCACAGUAGAGCCAGAGAGGUCAAGAACGCCCAAAACACUUUCUGCGAUGAGCAGUUUGUCUGCUUCCCAAAGUGAGAGGAUCAGUUUGUCUGCUUCCCAAAGUGAGAGGAUCAGUUUGUCUGUUUCCCAAAGCGAGAGGAUCAGUUUGUCUGUUUCCCAAAGCGAGAGGAUCAGUUUGUCUGUUUCCCAAAGCGAGAGGAUCAGUGAGCCUAAGCCUGCUGAAAUGAUACCAAACGGGGACAUUCAUUUGGUCAUGACUCCAGUGGUAAAACCAAUCCAACAGAGCAUCAAUAUGACAAUAUCAGAGCUUGAUCUGUCAAGAGAAGCUGCUCCAGCUGGCUCUCAAAGACCUAAAACCCCAACAACUGAGCCAAAAACACCAGCAGUGACUUCUUACAGCAACCAGAGGCCUAAGACUCCAACAUACGAGGCAUCCCGACUUAUGACCACUUCGCCUGGUUUUAAAAGACCAAGGACACCUACGUACGGGAUGUCACCAUCACCUGUAGGCUUUCAGAGACCUAAAACCCCGACUCAAACUGCUAAAAAAUCAAAGUCUGGCUACCGUGGAUUGACACCGGCUGAAUAUGCUGCUCACGGAGGAAUUAAAACCUACUCUCCAGCUUUUGGUAUCUCCGGUUCCAAGAUGCAAACUGAAGAGGAGGUUCAAGCGCCAAAAGAGGAACCAGUAGAAUGUAAAGCACCUAUUCAAGAAACACCUGUGAAUGAACAAGCUAUGCCAGAGGUGUCUAAAGCUAAAGAAACUCCCAAAGAGGUAGAGAAACCCCAGGUGAGGGACGUGAAGGUUGCCGUCACCCCUUCAAUUCCCAUCAUUAUCGUUUCACAGGCGUCUGACACCUUUGUAACAACGAUAGCACAAGAGACAAGCAUGGUUUCCAGUCAGGUUGCAGCAAAACAAGAGAAAACGGUGAUCCAAGAACCACCAAAGUCUAAACCCCCAACAACACAAGGGACAAUGUCUCAGAAACCAGUUCAAGGAGUCGCCAAACCAAAGACGAAUCCUCCUGAAGUCAAACCUGUGCCCAAAGGUGACGACCAGGAUCCUCUGAAGGCAAUAAGGAAACUAUUAGGAAAAGAUCAAGUCCAGAAACCUGUACCUGAGACAAAAGCUGAUGUUGCGUAUGAGAAAGAGCCUGUAGCUGAAAGCAAGACUAAAGAUGGAGGCCAAAAGCCCAGCACUGCAACAGGAAGUGAAGAAAAAGGAAAAGAUAAGAAAGAAGAACCAGCUGCAGUUAAAUCUGCGCCGGAGAGAAAGGAAAGCGUUGAAUCCCUCCCGGCUGAGGCCCUUCUGAAAGUCAUGCAAAAGCCAAAGGGAGUGAAAUCCAAACUGAGCGGUUGGUCCAGACUCAAGAAGCACAUGGUGGUGGAGCAGGAAGAGCCCAUAUUUCCAGAGGUUGGCCCCAAAAAGGAGGCCGCUGGGACGGACCAGAAAGAGGUGAAAAAGGCCGGAGAGAAGGCCGUGGAGAAGGCCGUGGACAAGCCCGAAAAUCAAGACGAGAGCGAAACCAAAGACGCUCCCGUAGCGGCCAAAAUGUGGAACGCCUGUCUCUUCCAAAUGUUCAGCACUAAGGAGAACAUCAUGCACCAGAUCGAGCUGAACAAAAGCGAGGACAAGAAGACGCAAGACGAGACAGACGACCAGAAAGAGGUACCAUCGUUCGCCCAACGGCUGCCCUUGCUGCUCUUCAGUCCAAAGUUUGACGCUAAAAGGCUGAAAGAGGCGGCGUCAAGGCCGACGACGAAGAUUUCGACAGUUUUUGAAAUGGGUCUGAUUGGGCGGAAAGGUCAAGAAGAGGAACCAAAAGACUUUAACAGAACAGCGAGGGGGUUCGCCGCAACUUAAGCUAAUACAAUAUAUAUAAUAUAUACGUGCCAAGGUGAAAAAGAAGUUAUGAUAUAUGUUCAAUGUACAGGUGCAGAAGUCUCAGUGUUUAAAACGAAUGAUGUUUGUGUUAUAGAAAAGUCCGCUUUGGACUUUAUACUUGACAAGUGCUUUGUGUUUCAUUUGUGUGACUGGUUGUCUGGAUGUUUUGCGUUUGUGGAAAAGCUGGAAAAAGAGAAAAGUGUGUCUGAAUUCAGACGUCACCUCCGAUUAAAGCGUUUAUGUUUUCAGUAAAA